CGAGGCGUAGGAUUAGUUAGUUGGUAGGUGCAUGUUGCUCACAACAUAUUGUUUUUUAGUGCUUCGGUCGGACAAAUAUAUCUAACUUGAUGUCCCAUAGUGAUAAAUUAAAACUACCUGAGUAAAAUUAAUUAACAUCUGUAAACUAUAUCAGUAAUAUUAUUUUGAAGUUUACAUAGAAUCUUUCUUACUGAAUUAAAUAAUCAUCCGCAUAUCCACUGUUCAGAUUAGCCUCUCCGAUGAUCUCACUCAACAUAUUUCCGAUGUAUGCUUUUAACACAUUAGCUAAGUGAGGUCACAAAGACGCAGCAAUGCUAUCAACAUAUUGGUAGUGUUCAACUUCAGAAAUGAAAUGAUCUUUUUCAGUACAAAUAAAAGUAGUUCUUUCAACAGGGUUGACCGAAUACGAAAGAACGAAAUUACUUCACAUAAAGUCGGGAGGAAAAUUAACAGUUGUUAUUGAAGGAAUGUCGAAAAUGUCUCACAAACACGCUACUACUCCUGUUUCAACUGACAAUUCGGCCUUAGAUCCUGUUGAAGCAGCUAAAGCCAAACAGAAUUCUUUACGCGAACGUUUAGCUGCAAGACGCCAACUUUUAGCUUCCGUUACUCAUUUCACUAAAACUUCGUCUUCUACUACCCUACUUCCAACUAACAUCAGUACUGAAAUUGGUCCACUUGGCAAACCUUUUAGUGCUAACCAGUCAACCGUUUUUAUCAUCGAAAAUGCAUUGAAACGGAAACACAUUGAUAGUAAUAUAACUAGUGUGUCAUCUGAUUCACGUUCAGUCUAUACUCAAUCCCAUAUAACUUCUUUAUCAGGAUUAUUUAAUCCAUCAAUUAGUAUCAUUGAUGAUAUUGGGAAGUGUUCACGUAACAAAUCACAAAAUGCGUCUGCGGAUUUUAACCAACCGAAUAACAGUUGUAAUUUACCUGAUAAUUCAUCUGAUAUUGAAAAAUCAAAACUUGGACAGUCGAGUGUUCAACUAUUGAAGACCUCUCAUCAACACAUAAUCCAUACAUCAUUAUGUUCAGAAACGAUGCUUGUAGAUCGUGACCAAAACUCAAUGUUUUCUGACACAAAAAAACAAUGUCGAGAUGAUGAGUUAAUGCCAGAUAUAAAUAGACGUAUACUCUGUGAUAAAUCUAGUAAACGUCAAAAUGUUAUAAAAGAUACAAGUCAAAAAAUGGAACUUGAUUUAGAAAACCUAUUAGGCGCUGAGACUACACGAGAAAAAGAAAGUAAACGAAUACGAGAGGAGGUUAUGGAAUUGUUAAAUAGGCAAUCUACCAAGGUAAG